AUGUCUGCGAGUGCACGCAAUGCAGACAGUGAUUUUGCACAUCAGCAGGAUGAUGAUGGUGGUGGUGGUGGUGGUGGUGUUGGUGGUGGUGGUGGUGGUAGUAGUAGUAGUAGCAGCGGCGGCGGCGGUGAUGAUGAUGAUGAUGAUGAUGAUGAUGAUGAUGAUGAUGAUGAUGAUGAUGAUGAUGAUGAUGAUGAUGAUGAUGAUGAUGAUGAUGAUGAUGAUGAUGAUGAUGAUGAUGAUGAUGAUGAUGAUGAUGAUGAUGAUGAUGAUGAUGAUGAUGAUGAUACUGAACCUGCUCGACAGCACGACCGCCAGACGCGCAGUGGUGGCAUAUUACCGGGUUUCUUUGAGAUGACAGAAUGUUGGUCCGAACCACAUCGAGUUAUUUCCUUAGUGACGUUAUGCGCAGGUACAUGAAGUGAAGGCAUGUGGGCGAUGUCGAAGGGUCAAGAGUGUAAUCGAGAACCCAAGUAGUGACGAGGACUGUAUGAAGCAUUUUUGUCGCAUUUGACUUUACGCGCCAUGCGAUGCGUCCAGCACAGUGGCUAAAAGACAAAGUAAGCAGAGAAUCUUGAGAAGCAUGUCAGAAUGCUUAAAUACUUUUCCUGAUAGAAGACGCUUUAAGCUGAAGAAAUAAUAUGGAUCAGAGUAGGCCAUUCUGCACGUUCCUAAAGGUACCGGACUAAUUACUUCAAACUUCUCUGAAAAAAAAUUGAUUUUUCCACAAAACAUCAGUCAGGUAUUAUGACUCUUGGGACAUUGAAACACGUCUGAAGCACUUGUACUGCGGUAAGGAUAGGGUAUGUAACCCCCUUGGGCGGCUUUUCAAACGUAUACCUUCUGACCUUCUUGUAUAUUCCCAAUCGAAAUCGACCGGGCAACGGGCUCGUGGCCCAGCGGUUAGAGGCAUGGACUUCUAACUAUCAGGUUGCGACUUCGAGCCUCGGGCACUCCACACUUCGGGGUUGGGUAUUACUAGCUGACGACGGCAAAUAAACCAGAAGUGGCACUCCAGACUCCCCUGUCUUUGUCGGUUAUGCUACUGAUAACGGUUUGCCUCAAAAAAGGCCGACGAAGGGGCUAUGUGGUAAGCGGAUCUUGAUCUUAAGUAGGGUUAUCGGCGUAACCAUUGCCCGGUAGGACUGGCUCAAGGUUAGGGUUAGGGAUUGGGUUGGAAUUAGAAUUCCUAUUAGGAGUUUGGUUAUUCCUAGAGCUGAGGUUGUCAGGCUUUGGUUAUGGUCUGCAUUUGUGGUUGAGGCUAGGACUGGGGUUUAGAAUUUGGGUUUUAGUUUUUGGGUUGGGGAUGCAAGACCUGAGGUUAAGUUUGCCCUUAGGUUUUAGUUUUCCCUGAGAUCCUACAGGUUAGAGUCAGCCAUUACAGCCAUGUUCAUGGUUGGCGUUAGGGUCAUAUCUGACUACUGCUUUCCAAGGGGAUAACAUACCAUACUCUCGCCUGUCCUGCUUCGAGAGCAACUCUAGAAACCAUGCACCAACCAUAGCAGCGAACUUAUCAAGGACUUAGUCAUCCCCUUCCUGUGUUAAGCUUCUGCUUUCGCCACAGGUUAUACGCACGUCUGAGCCAAAUUCCAUUAGCUUCGGCGGAGUAACGGCGCGGUGUCAGCGCAUGUCAAUUUAACCAUACUGUACUUUCCGCUUUCAGGUAGGUCGCCUUUGCGUUCAAAGUCGCCUCUUUAA